AAAAAAGUAAAGGGGCUACAUUUUGAGAUAUCCCGUUUUCAUCCAUGGUGGUCGCAAAUUGUGACUGUGAGCCAAGAUGUCCUUCGGAGCUAGCUCAGUAGCUCCUCUCCCACUAAACAACAUCUCCGUGAAGUCUAUGCAAGACCAUUUUGUUAGAUCUGUGUGACCCAGAUCUUAUCGUCACCUCUAUUCUCAGUUGAGCCAGAUUAUUGCAAAGUUCGGAUUUUUAUAUUUGUUUUUUUUUCAAUUGAGAUUUGGAAAAGAGGCUUAGGCUUUAGAAUUAGGGUUUUCGCGUAUUGAUGUCGUCGAGCUUGUUACACUGCAGAAGGGUUUGUAUAAUUCCAUCUUUCCGGAGAAAUAUCGGAGAUUUUGCUUUUAAUUCUUCCGCCGUCGUAGUCAAUCUAGGGUUUUUGGUGAGUAGAAGAAGCACAUUGUGUUCAGUGUCACAGUCACACCAAGUGAAAUCAGAUGAUUUCCAAAAGCAAGCCCAGUGUUCGGAGUCUUUUACAGUUUCGUAUCUGGUGAAUUCUUGUGGAUUGUCUUUGGAAUCAGCUAAAUCAAAUUCAAGAUUCGUCAAACUGGUUGCUUCCAAGAAACCAGACUCUGUUCUUGCUCUCUUCAAGAACCAUGGCUUCACCAAUGACCAAAUCACCAAUGUCAUCAAAUCUUUUCCUCGUAUCCUGUCAUUGAGCCCAGAGGGCGUUAUCUCUCCCAAGCUCAUGUUUUUCAAUUCCAUCGGGUUCUCGCCCUCUGAUACUGCGAAGCUGAUCUCUUCUUGCCCGAAAACGCUAUCUUUCAGCUUGGAGAAAAGACUGAUCCCUUGCUAUGUUUCCCUCAAGAGCAUACUCUUAGAGGAAGAAAGUGUUGUCAAGUGUCUCAAGCGUGGAUACAGAUGCUUCUCUUUGAAGAUUGAUCAUUGUGUAUCUCCCCGGAUCUCUAUCUGUAGAGAGCUUGGUGUUCCAGAUAAAAGCAUCAAGUGGUUGGUUCAAGCGUCUCCUUUCACUUUUUUUUCUUCAGAGAGAAGGUUCAACGAGGUCUUGAACAGGGUUUGCAGAUAUGGUUAUGACCCCAAGAAGGCCGGUUUUGUUCACGCUAUGGUAGCCUUUGAUUCCACGAGCGAAUCAACAAUGGAACGGAAGUUUAAGUUGUUCCAACGUUUUGGUUGGUCUAAAGAAGAUUUCGUCUCAGCAAUCAUGAGAUUCCCAAACUGUGCAAAUGUUUCAGAUGAGAAGAUAAUGUACACGAUGGAGUACCUCAUAAACAACAUUGGUCUGCACGCGCGUGACAUUGUUGCAAGACCGGUGGUGUUGGGUCUGAGCAUGGAGAAGAGAAUCAAACCGAGGAACCAGGUGAUCUCUUUGCUUCUCUCUAGAGGACUUGUGGAGAAAGAAGACAUCAACUAUUUCACUAUAUUAAAGAUGAAAAGCUCCGAGUUCAUGGAUAAGUUUGUGCUGAAACAUCAGAAUGAGAUGCCACAACUUAUACAAACCUUUACAAGUAAUCAAUGAGUUUGAAGAAGUGAGAAUACAAUAUAAUUGUUCUUGGCUGAAUAUUGUCGAUAACACAUGUAUGCUUGGCUUCGGUCAUGUUUUGAUGAAUGUUGUGAUUUGCUAUAGGUAAAGUAACUUUUUUUACAUCAUAACGACAAAAAAGGUUUUACCUA